AUGACGAUGGCGGCAGGCUACAUCGCUCUUUGCAUUGUGGGGCUCACUAUCCUCACUUGUAUUUCCGGUGCCCCAGUGGCACUUCUGUGGACCAUAAUAUUCUCACCAAAUCACCGUCCCGCUCUGCGGGGUUUCGUCAUUUUUGCUAUUUUACUCAUGCCACUGCAUGUGGUACAAAUUGUUAGUGGGGAGCUUCUCAUAACCAAACAUCUCUGGACCUACAAUUCGGUUGACGAAAUGGCUGCAAAGAUACUCCGAAGCUGCAUUCUUUUAGCCUCUGCUCCAACAAUCAGCGGAUUUCACUGCAAGGUCUUCGCCAUUUCAUCAUCCACUCUAGAGUCUAAUGCUGUAGACGGCCAGAGCCUUACGGUCAAUCUGUGA